AUGCCGUCAGCCGAACAGGUGUGUAGCAAGCUCGGGCCACUAUACCAAAGCAGAUCAGCGUCUGCGGCAUACACAGAGCCACCAGCGGAUUGUAAGAGAGAGGUGCUGCGGGAGAAAGAGGCGCGAGAGAACGCCCUGCUAGAGGAGGCCAAGUGUGAGUUCGAGGAGGCGGAGAACGACACGCGGUUGCAUUUGCAGCGCAACGAGGUGGAACUGGAGAUCACACGGCAGCGGAACGAGGAGCUAGAGUUCAGCAAGGACGCAUUGGGGGCCAAGUACAAGGACUUCCGCGCCGAUUGCCUGAUACUGAGAGCGGAUUUGGGUGCAGCGGAGACGCAAUUGGAGCAUCUGCACGAGGAGCGUCAGCGAACGAAGCGACAAUUGGAGGUACUGCGUCGAUCUCUGCAGUUCCAAAUACUCGCAGCCAAGAAUCCUGAGGACAUGGGGCAGCCAGAGAUGGAGCAUAAACAGCAACUCUUUUCGAGGCGACGCAAGCGGAAGAGUGCUCAAACGGUUCAUCUGGAGCCGCAUCUUUCACGGCCGAGUGCGCCGCCGUGCGCUGCAGCGGAGUCUGUCGAGCAACAGCUUCUACUCGAUCAUGCGAGUUUGGAGGCAGCGCCAACUGCCACGGCCGACUACGUGUCCAUUGUCCAAACGGAGUCAAUAUCCACUUGCGUCCAGGCGGUGCAGACCGAGCUCGAGACCUCAGAUGUGACCGUGUGGAUGUGGAGCAGCGUCUGCUGCUGCUGCCGGAGCGGUGGGCGCAACGAGGUGGAACUGGAGAUCCCACGGCAGCGGAACGAGGAGCUAGAGUUCAGCAAGGACGCAUUGGGGGCCAAGUACAAGGACUGCCGCGCCGAGUGCCUGAUACUGAGAGAGGAUUUGGGUGCGGCGGAGACGCAAUUGGAGCAUCUGCACGAGGAGCGUCAGCGAACGAAGCGACAAUUGGAGGCACUGCGUCGAUCUCUGCCACUGCUGUUGAUCUGUCGCCUGUUGGCUCUGGCCUAA